GCCCCUCCUCCUGGUCCCUGCUGCCCUGCGAGAGCGGGAAGGCCGUCACACUCCGCCGGGGUCUAAGUGUCUAGCGCUUGUCACAGGUGUUUUGAGUCGAGCCCGGAUUCCCCAACCAGCACCUACUCCAGCGCAUCCCGCUUCGCUCUGCGGCGUCCUGGAUCUGUAGGCUGACCGCUCGGCCUGCAGCGAAAGGGUGUGUCUCUGAAGAGCGUUUUAGUUUAAAAGGAAAGAUGCUGUCUUCCAAUGACCAGAAACUCGAAAAGCUGGAUUCCUUUUAUCGACCUCCAGUGUCCAAACAGAGGACAAGUGCAGAAAUCAUAAGCGAAGCACGAAAUGCCUUAAGAACGGUUAGGACCCAAAGACCAUUUACACCCCGUGAAGACCAAAGGAAGCUAUUUGGGCCUGCCUCGUCAAGAAGCCCAGAAAACAGGCCUCCUUCCUCCUUCAGCCUUCACGCUUCCAGCUUUGAGUUAUCCGAUUCCAAGCCUAUCUCUGGGACUCGUCUCAGGCCACUUGAGCUGAAACCCAAAGCUCCAGCAUCUCCCGGCACAGAGGAUGCCUGCCUCUCCUUCCCUAAAGCUCCACUGGACCCUGCAAAGAUAAGAAAAAUCAGUGGGGCCCGAGCACGCUUCUACAGGGCUGCGUCCCAGGGAAUGCUUCUGCCUGACAGAUCCCCUCCUGCCGCCCACUCAAAGACCGUGGACGAAUCCAGCAAACCCGUUAGCGUGGGGAGUUCUACAGCGAGAAGGAAUGGGACUCAUUUGACAGCUUCCAGUGCCACUGGCCAGUUAAAGAGUCCCCCACUUCUCACCUGCGACCAAGGUUUCCAAGAAACCACAGAGCAAGAAGUGUCCCUACUGUCUCAGCUCCGACGUGGAGGGGACCCUGGGAAACGGCGUGCCAGGGCCUCCUCGUGCCCUAGCAGCUCAGACCUGAGCAGGAAGGAAACCAGGGCAGGUGAGUGUGCCUCUCUGCCCUCAGCAUCAUAGCAGAUGAGAGUGCCUCUCCUCCUUCAGCAUCCAGAGCAGGUGAGAGUGCCUCUCCUCCUUCAGCAUCCAGAGCAGGUGAGUGUGCCUCUCCGCCUUCAGCAUCCAGAGCAGCCUCCAGAGCUAGCUCACAGGAACAGGAGACAGACACAGAAGUAGAUGAAGUCUUCUGGAAAGCACGGAUUGUUCCCAUUUUGCAUGAAUUAGAAAACGAAGAAGACAUUGAAGAGAUGUGUGCAGCCUGCACCCAGCUCCAUCGCACGCUGGAGGAAGCGCGCAUGCUCGGAAAGAAGUUCAAGCGAAGAACUGUCCUGCUGAAGGCUCUGUAUAAGCUAGUGGAUGCUGACUCGGACCCGCUCAGCCUGAAGCUUGCCAAACUUAUCCUAGCACUUAAAGUGAGUGGAAAGAACCUUCUUAACGUCUGCAAACUGAUAUUUAAAAUCAGCAGGAACGAGAAGAACGACACCCUGAUGCAGGAGGAUAACAUCCUGGAAUCAUUACUGGAGGUACUGAGAGCUGAAGAGCUGCAAAGUAACACCGAGGCUUUUCUCUACUGCAUGGGGGCUCUGAAAUUCGUUUCCGGAAGCCCGGGGUUUCUUACUGAGAUGGUCAACAAGGGUGCAGUGGAAAUAUUGGCACAGCUGAUAAAGGAAAUGACGGAGGACACGGAGAAGCACGGCGUCUGCCUGCCUGAUUCUGGCCAUUUGCUAGUGCAGACAACCGCGACCUUGAGAAACUUAGUCGAUUCACCACUGACGAGAAGCAAGCUCCUGAACAUGGGGGCCUUUCCCCAUCUCUGCACAGUGAUGGAACAGCAUGCAGACGACAAGGACAUCUGUACCAACAUCGCCAGAAUCUUUAGCAAACUAACCUCUUACCGCGACUGCUGUGCAGCCCUGGCCAGCUAUUCCAGGUGUUACGCCUUGUUUCUGAGUCUAUUGAACAAAUACCAGAAGAACCAGGACUUAGUAAUUCGAAUUGUUUUUAUCCUUGGCAACCUGACAGCGAAGAGUAACCAGGCCCGGGAACUUUUCUCCAGAGAGACUGGGAGCGUGGAAACUCUGCUCACGCUGUUCCAGAGCUUCUAUCACCACAAGGAGAACUCACCAAAGCUGCAGCUCUCAGAAGCCAAGCCACAGGCAGAGGCCGAGGACGUGUUGGUCAAGCUGACCCGUGUCCUUGCCAACAUCGCCAUUCACCCGCGCAUUGGCCCAGUGCUGGCCGCCAACCCUCGGGUGGUGGGCCUGUUGCUGAGAACUCUGGAAUCCAAGUCACUGGGCGACUGCGAGGAGCUGGUGAUCAACACCAUAGCAGCCAUCAACAAUCUGUCCUUCUACCAAGUGAAGAGCUCUGUCCUACAACACAGGAAGCUGUAUGUUGCUGAACUGCUCUUAAGGCUCCUUGUGAGUAACAACAUGGAGAGGAUUCUGGAGGCUGUGCGAGUCUUCGGAAAUCUCUCCCAGGACCAUGACGUCUGCAAUUUCCUCAUGCAGAAAAAUGUACACAAGUUCAUGAUCACAUUGCUGGAAGCCAAGCACCAGGACAUUUGCUUCUCUGCCUGUGGGGUCCUCCUGAAUCUCACGGUGGACAAGGAGAAGCGAGCCAUUCUGAAAGAAGGUGGUGGCAUUAAAAAGUUAGUGGAUUGUUUGAGAGACUUCGGCCCUAGUGAUUGGCAGCUGGCCUGCCUGGUGUGCAAGACGCUGUGGAACUUCAGUGAAAACAUCACCAACGCAUCCGAGUGUUUUGGAGAUGAUGUCGCCAACACACUCCUCAUCCUCUUGUCGACAUUUUUAGAUGAAGAACUAGCCCUGAAUGGCAGUUUUGACCAAGACUUAGAAAGCUACCACAGGCUCCACUGGGAAACGGAGUUCAAGCCUGUGGCCCAGCAGCUUCUGCAACGCAUCCAGAGCCACCACUCGCUCCUGGAGCCCCUGCCUGUCCCUUCUUUCUAACGCGACAGACACAGGCCACGGGCAGAACUGGGAAGGCAGAUCGCCCUCACGCUCAGGAAAUGGUAAAAGCAUGGAAGCUUUUCAGUAUUCACAUACGUUGAGCGUUUUUAAAGUACUGAUUUUAGCGAAUAGCCUAAGUGUUUUGAAAGAAAUAAGCACCUCUUUUUCUAGGUAUUACAGAAAAUGGAUAUAUAUAUUCUCCUAUGAGAGGUAUGAGAUGGAAAUAUAUGCAUUUCUAAGACUUCUCUUUCUAUUUGCUUUGAAAACACUUAGAAAAGACCCUUAAAGAUCCCAGUGACAACCUUGGAGUGAGCAAGCUUGUCAGGUCACUAGCUAAGGGACAGUGCAAUGAAGACGGAGGCUUUGUCCACGGGAAGAGUGGCCCACCCUCUGCUGUAGCUCUUACUACAUCAAGACAUGAGUUGCUCUCCUUGUCCUAAGAGAAGGAAGAAGCAGAGAGGAGAGAGAGCUACGUGGAGGGCUGGUGAUGUAGCUCAGCGGCAGACCACUUGACUCCCAGGUUCAAGGCCCUGGGUUUGAUCCCCAGCGAGGGAGUAAAAGGAACUACUGCUUUAGGUCAUCUGUCCUUUUAGAUUUUUAGGGCUUUUCUUUUUCUUUUGUUUGUUUGGCCUGUAUGUAUAUUUAUGUACCCUGUGCAUGCAGUACCUGUGGAGGCAAGAAGAGGCCAUCAGAUCCCCUGAGAUUGCUGUCAUAGAUGGUUGUGAGCCUCUAUGUGGGGGCUGGGAAUUGAACUCAGGUCUGCUGCAAGAGCAGCCAGUGUUCUUAACCACUGAGCCAUCUCUCCAGCCCCUACUUUUAAAAUAUUUUUAAAAUUUUAAUUUGUGUCUGUCUGUCUGUCUGUCUGAAUAAACACAUGUUGUAUGUCUGUGUGUGUGUGUGUGUGUGUGUGUGUGUGUGUGUGUGUGUGUUUCCUUGAAUCCAGAAGUGGGUAUCAGCCCCUAGAACUGGAGUUACAGGUGGUUUUAAGCUGCUGGACAUGGGUGCUUGGAGCCAAACUCAGGCCUUCUGGAAGAGCAGCGAGUGCUGUUAACUGCUGAGCCAUACUGCAGCCCCAGCCAUCUACUUCUUGAAUGAAGUAAAACAGAUGAAAAAGUACCUUUCUUUUCAUUUGAAAUAGUAACCGAAUUAGAUGGGCUGUCCCCCUCAUUAGAACAUAUCCAAGAGAGAUGAUAUAACAGAUUAGAGAGUACACAGUUAGCUAUAAGGCAUCCCUUUUUGACUCCUAUCUCUCUGCUGCUGGGGGUGGGGUACUUUAGACAAUUAACUAAAUUUCUUGAGUCAUAUUGUAAAGUGAGAAUAUUACCUCUCUUUAUUUUAGUGUAUGCAUUAGUUAGGGUUCUUAGAAGAAUAGGAUAUGUGUGUGUGUGUGUGUGUGUGUGUGUGUGUGUGUAUCUCCUACCUCUCUCUCUCUCUCUCUCUCUCUCUCUCUCUCUCUCUCUCUCUCUGUAUAUAGUAAAAGAUUUAUUAGGUUGCUUACUGGCUGGGAAACCCAAGAAUGGCUGUCUGAGUUUUGGAGAUGUGAGGAGCCAGUAUCUCACCAGUCCAGGAGGCUGAGUGCCCCAGCAGCCUCAGUCUGGUGCUGAAGACUGAAGGAUUCCUGGAGAGCAUCCGAUCUUCAGGCCAUGCUAGAGACUGAAGCAGCUGGGUUCCCAAGCCGAUGAGGAAGCAGCACUGGCAGAAACAGAGUGGAUGCACUUGCCAGCCUGAGCAAAAGUAGAACGGCAGAAAGCCCACGUUUGCCUUAGACCUCUUUGCAGCUGGGUUGCCUCAGGGAGAGCGAGCAGCUGACACUGAGGGGAGGGAAGGAUGUCCGUUCUCCCCCCCACCCCCACAGAGAAGCUUUCUAGGAAAUACCCUGCCAGGCAGACAUAUCUUAGUAGGUCCCAGAGCUAAUUGGGGUGACCACCAAUAUUAACACACAACAUAGUUUAGAGCAAAGCCUUAAUCAGCAGGUUGUGGGCACACACUGUAAUUAUUAUGAUGAGAGUCUGUUUGCUCGCUUGUCUCAGGAGGAUAAAAUUCGCCUCUGAAUAAAUUAUUUAAAAACCAAA